AUUGAGUUAAUUAAUUAAUUAAUUAAUUAAUUGUAAAAGGACCGAAUCAGCAUUGUUGCCGACAGACAUGGAAAAAGUAAAUGUCACGAAUAGCGAAGCUGUUGAAAUACCGGCGUUUCUGGGCAGGGCUGGGCCCCGGGCAGGAAACUGCUGCCCGCCCUGCCCUCGCUCCCCGCCCCGCAGCGCUGGGAGCUCCCGAACGGCGCGGGACGGACACGGCGGGACACAGCGGAACACGGGCACACCGGAGCCUCCUUAGCGAGCGGGGUUCCCUGCCGGCGCUCCCGUCAGUUCCAUGCUUGGAUCUCCUGACUCUCUUGGAUCUGUCUGUAAUAGCAGUUGCUGCUGUUGCCUUGCUUCACUCAUUACCCCAGAGAAAGAGAUAACUCUCAGGGUUUAAGCUGAGCUACAAGCAGAUCUACAACAAUGCAAGGAGCUCCACCUGCCACAGCACCUGGAAUGCCCUAUGGCUCCCCUCAGCCAGUCCCUGGGCCUUACCAAGGUGCAGGGAGCUAUGGAUUCCAGGCACAGCCCAUGGGCUUCCCAGGUGGAUUCGUCCCCCCACCUGUCCAGAGCCAGCCCACCAUGGAUGGGACAAUCUGGAUGCCUAUCCCUCCUUCUAUUCCCAACUGCCCUCCUGGACUGGAGUACCUCACACAGAUUGACCAGAUAUUAAUUCAUCAGCAACUUGAAGUUCUUGAGAUUGUGACUGGCUUUGAAGAAAACAACAAAUACGAGCUGAAGAACGCCCUGGGGCAGAGGGUGUACUUUGCAGCAGAGGACACUGACUGCAUGACCAGGAACUGCUGUGGGCCCUCCAGGCCCUUCACCAUGAGGAUUAUUGAUAACCUGGGCCGCGAGGUGAUAAGGCUGCACAGACCCCUCCGCUGCAGUGCCUGCUGCUGCCCCUGCUGCCUGCAGGAGCUGGAAGUCCAGGCGCCUCCAGGAACAACAGUUGGUUAUGUUGUCCAGAACUGGCAUGUCUGCCUGCCAAAGUUUACCAUUCAAGAUGAGAAAAGAAAGGAUAUUCUGAAAAUUAAUGGCCCAUGUGUUGUGUGCCGGUGUUGUGAGGAUGUCCAUUUUGAGGUGAUGUCUCUGGAUGAGACUUGUCCUGUUGGGAGGAUUUCUAAGCAGUGGACUGGUAUUGUGCGGGAAAUGUUUACAGAUACAGAUAACUUUGGAAUCUCAUUCCCAAUGGACCUUGAUGUGAAAAUGAAAGCUGUCAUGCUUGGUGCUUGCUUCCUGAUCGACUUCAUGUUUUUUGAGCAUAGUGGUAAUAAGCAUCAGCAAGCAGGAGUUUGGUAAUGAAAUCUAGAUGUUCUCUAUGGAAGGAAGAAGAACAUGGAUCUCCCAACUAUCCAAUGAAUUGCAGACCUCCAGUAAGAAUAUGAGAAAUGUACAUGUUAUAGUUACAUUUCUGUAAGCUAAAAGCUUUAUGGUCUUGUCUAUUAUAAUUUUAAUAUGGUGAAAUAAUUUGUAGUAUUCAAAUAAGGGCCCUUUAUCUGCACAGAUCAAUAAUAUAAUUUAGAGAAAUAUGUAGCAGCCUUUUUUUCCCCAAGAAUUCUGUAAUUUUAAAGUAACUAAUUAUAGUAGUUAUUUAUAACUACUAGAAUAAUACUUUGAUUCCUAAAAGAGAGGACUACUUCUAUAUUCAAUAUUAAUAAUAACCUAAGCCUAAUAAGGAGACACUGAUAUUUUCCUGGGUAUUCUUCUUUGGUAGUUUUGCCUUGGUAUUCACAUUCUGUUGUUUCCAUCUAUCAAAUAUAUACAUUCAGAGCAAAGGAAUGCAUUUGAACAGAACUAUCUGGAAUGAGUGUAAAAUGUAAUUACUCUGGUGUCCUGGGUCUGUGUGAGCUGGAGCUCAUUUCCCCAGCAGCCCUCACAGAGCUGUGCUUUGCCCUGCUGAGAGCCCAGCAGUGUUUUGGUGCAGCUGAGCAGUGCUGGCCCAGCAGCAGCUCUGUCUCUCCACCAUUCCACCUUGUGGUGGUGUUUGAGGGUGCCCAGGACGAGGGAAGAGAUGAGAAUCUUGACUCUAUGUUUCAGAAGGCUGAUUUAUUAUUUUAUGAUAUAUAUUAAAAGAAAAUUAUAUAUUAAAACUAUACUAAAGAAAGAGAAGAAAGGAAAAAUCGGAAAGCUAGAAAGGAAUGAAUAAUAAAAACCUGUGGCUGACCAGAAUCCCAGCAAGCUGGACCUUUGAUUGGUCAUCAAGUAAAAACAAUUUCACAUGCUGGGUAAACAAUUCUCCAAAUGACAUUCUGAAGUAGCAAAACAUGGAGAAGCUGAAGCUCCCCAGCUUCUCAGGAGAAAAGAUCCUGGCAAAGGGAUUUUUCAUAAACUGUCAUCACCUGCCUUGAGUAGGCUGGGAGUGGGCAAGAUCCUGGCCGGGGACACAGCCAGGCCAGCUGGCACAAAUUGGCCAAAGGGACAUUCCACACUCUAUGACAUCAGCUUGGGUAUCAAAGAUAAGAAAAGGAGGAGGAAGGUGUGGCAUUCAGUUUUUACAGUGUUUGCCCUCCCAAGCAAUCACUUCCAUGCUGAAGCCCUGCUUCCCAGGAAGUGGCUGGGCAUUGCCUUCCAAUGGGAAGUACAGAAUAAAAUUUCUCUUUUUUUUACUCUUUGUUUGUGCACACACAAACUUUUGCUUUUGUUUUAGUAAACUGCUUUAUCUUAACCUACAAGUUGUUUUGUGUCAUAUUUUAUGUCCCCUGUCCCUCUGGGAAGGGGAGGCAUGGAUUGGCUUGGUGGGCACCUGACACCCAGCCAAGGCCCACCCACCACCUCUAGUGAUGGAUAUAGUCUCAAAUAUGACUCCUCCUGAGCAUGACCUAGUUUUCUUAUUUGGGCUGUUCUGAAACUUAAGCCUUGCAUGUUCAUCAACAGAAGUGUAGAGGUGACAGGAAAUAAAACUCUCUGUGCCUGCUUUGGUUUAAUAAUCCUUUAAUAAUUGCCUUGUGCAGGAGUGUGGCCUGAGGCAAGGAAAAAGCUGUUAGUUCCUUCUCAGUUUCUCCAGUCUCUUUGCUCCUCAUUUAGUCCACGGUUUUCACAGAUUGUGAGUCUGUCUGUUGUUUUGAGGGCACAGAGUAAACAGAACAGGUGUUCUGAAUAAACAGAGCAGUUUCACUUCAAAAGCAGACACCUGGAAUGGCAGGUCAACUUCUUAGCAUUUUUAGCUUUAUUUAAAUUAUUUAAAUAUUUUAUUUAAAUGUCCAAGCAAUGGAUGAGUUGCAAUUUCUUACCCCUGCACACAAGCACAUGCACAGAAUGGUUCCGGGCAUCCAGCUCUGGGGAGAAGUCCUUGCCAGUAUUUUCAGUUGAAUUCUAGUCCUGCUGAAGAGUCCUUCUGUUCAGUAUUUUCAAUUUAUUGGUUGCUUCUGGCCAGUCAAAAAGCAAAAGAAAAGAGAAAUGCCAUUGCUGCUGGGUACCUGAAUUCUCUUUGAUGUUGGA